AUGACGGAAAAAAGUGAUAAGAUUUUUAGUGGUCAUUGCCUGCUUCUUGUUCAAUUCUCCCAAGCUGAAGACUCUAGGACAUACCUUGACUUUGACAGGAUCGAUGAUGGAUUAGAAAGUCUAUGUAGAAUUUACGAAGGUGUACAGAUCAACAAGAAAAAGAACGAGCUUGGCUCCAAAGAUGGCCAAAUUGAUUAUGAACUAACCGACUUACUAAAGUUCCUUGACUCUCUCUACGAUCUGAGCGCCCUAGUCUUCAACGACAAGGCCAAGGGAUACAACUCCCAUGGAAGGGAGUGGAUCAAAGCGAAGAUAUACAGAUAUCUAAAAGACUGUGCAGGUGAAAAAUAACUAAUUUAUCAGAAAAUAAUAAAAAGGCGGUUGUCCCUCCA